AUGGUAGAACAAGAUGACGUAGAGAUAGCGGUGACUAAUAUUGUCAACCCAGCUUCUUUCUUAGGUGGCAACCAAGGGGAGAUUGUGGAACAUGACUGCUUAGAGACUAUUGAAGCAGUAUACUCCAGCUGUCCAGACCUAAAGGACACUCCAUGGGAGGGAACCGAAGACUGGUUCACAGAUGGAAGCAGUUAUAUGGUGAGCAGCACCCGAUGCUCAGGAUAUGCUGUUACAACAACUGACAGGGUCCUGGACUCUGGACCGCUACCUGCUUCAACCUCAGCUCAGAAAGCAGAAAUAAUUGCCUUGACAAAGGCCCUUGAGGAAGCUAAAGAACUGAGAGUCAACAUAUGGACUGAUUCUAAAUAUGCAUUUGGAGUGGUGCAUGCUCACGGAGCCAUUUGGAAGGAGAGAGGACUCUUGAACUCUCAGGGGAAAACCAUUAAGCAUGCCACAGAAAAUUUGAAACUUCUGGAAGCUGUCCAAUUACCAGAAAAAGUGGCUAUCAUGCAUGUAAAGGCACACCAGAAAGUACAGUCGGCCAUAGAAAAAGGCAAUGAGUUGGCGGACAGAGAGGCAAAACGAGUGGCGCGGGUGGAACAGGGACCCUCAGAUUCGCUGCUAAAGCUCCCGGACAGCGUGAAGAAGGCAGGACGAAGAGGGGGGAGAAGCCGGCCGAAAUUUAAUCGCUGCCCCGGCGAUUUCGUCCGUAGUGCCCAGCGGACGGCCCGCAAUCGGCGGAAGAACGGCCCGCAACUGGCGGGAGACCCGCAGCUGGCGGAAGAGGUGCACCUCGGACCAAGGUCCAAGAAGGGAUCUCACUUAAAAGGGCACCUCCCGGGGCCGGUCACCGCCCUGACGACCGGAAGUGCACAGCAGGACGGAAUAAAGCCGACUGAGGCUGAAACGGAAGUGAAGCCGCACAAAACCAAGAGGAAACCUGCAGACCAAAGGCGGAACUGUACCCACCGUCGCCCGUAUCUACGUCAUCUACGAGAGCAGCAGCGACAUCCGGAAAUUAACGGAGUGCCAGUUUGGCAUAAAGAAAAAUGGCAACAAAUACUGAAAAUUGCUAAAGAGAAUCCUAAUUUUCAUGUAGAGUGGAUUCCUUCUCACCAGACUAAUUUGAAAAAUGAAGCUAGUAAGUGGAAUAACUAUGUUGAUGAGCUAGCUAGAAUUGAUGUGAAGGAAAUUCGAUCAGCUAUCACAGAAGGAGAAAAUCAGGAAUGGAAAAGAUUGCUUGAAUGGCUCCACUGUAAAAGAGGCCAUUCAGGAAUCUUUGAUUUAUACAAAGAGGCACAAGCCCGUGGGUGGCCUGUCACCCGUGAGCAGUGCAAGACAGUCAUUUCUUCAUGUGAUCUUUGCAAAAUCAGACUUGGGGAACAUCCACUAACAUCUGAUCAUUUGCAUAUCAGGGAAGGAAAACCCUUGUGGUCCACAUGGCAGGUGGACUACAUCGGUCCCUUCCGCAAAUCAGGAAACAAACAAUACAUCAUUGUGAUUGUGGAGGUGGUAUCAAGAUUGACCUGUGCUGAAGCUGUUUCUAAAGCAAAUGGGGAAAAAACAGUUCAUUUUCUGGAAAAGGUAUUUGGGGUUCUUCCUAAACCCACAAAUAUUCAAUCUGACAAUGGAACUCAUUUUACCUCACACCUGGUACAACAAUGGGCUAAAAGGGAAGCUAUCAAAUGGACAUUUCAUGUCCCAUACUACCCACAAGCUAAUGGGAUAGUAGAACAUACUAAUGGGUUAAUUAAAAGUCUCAUUCGUCCACAGGAUUACAGAUGGGAUGAGAGGUUGAGAUAUGCAGUCUCUACUAUAAACAACAGGUGGGGGGUGAACGGGUGCUCUUGCCUAAAUGCCUUUUUCCCUACAUCACCUACUCAGGAUAAUGGCCAGCACAGAAGACCUUACAACAAAUCCAAAACUCCUCUCCACCCUGGACAGACUGUUUUGGCAAUCCUGCCAAAUAUUGGAGAGUGCCUCCGGUGGGUUCCCACAAGAUGGGUAAAACCGUGGAAGGGACUACACCCCGAAGACUCAUCUGUAGAGGGCUCAGCAUCAGAGUAAUAUUGCAGGGAGCCUCUUAUGCUUUUCACACCAUUAACCCCCAGCACAAAAUGAUAUUAAACCAUACCCAUCACCACAGGCAAAACAAAGGUUGCAAUACAUAACAUUGAAAAGUAUUAGCGUAGUAGAUUUGUAGAAGGCUAAGGAGUGCUUUACUGUUAAUUUGUUUUGCUUCAGCUUGCACCCGCAAAAGCUUUGAUAGAAUUGAAUAAAUUAGCAUGCUUUGUAGCAAAAAGAGCCAAUGAGAUUUCUGAAGUACUGAGUGCCCUAGUAACUAAUAUGAAUACUGUUAGCCAUGCUGUUUUACAGAAUCACGCCGCUAUUGAUUUUAUUGUUAGCACAGGAUCAUAGUUGUGAAGAUUUUAACGGAGUGUGUUGUGUGAACUUAUCUAAUCAUUUAACUUUUAUUCAUAAGUAGUUGCAGGCUUUGCAAGGGAACAUGAAGAAGUUUACCAUUGUGCAUUCUCCGCUACCUCCAUGCUUGGACUGGUUGCAGUCACUGGGGAUAACUGGGUGGUUGUUGGAGUUAGUAAAGGAUAGAAUGGUAAUACUGAUUGUUAAUGCUGCUUGUAUUAUGUAUCCUGUGAUUAGUAUCUGGAAUGAUCAACAAGGCCAUGAAUUGGGCCUGGAUUGCUCAAAAGAAAAAAGGGGGAUUUGUAGAGGGCUUUUUUAGGGAGCAGUGGACAUGUGAGCAAUCCAGCCUUUACUGUAAACAUCGGGGCCCCGCCAAGGCCGUUACCAUGGAUACUAACUAAUGGAUAUUAAUGUGCCAAAGAAGGAAGUGAGGCGGAGAGUCAUGACUGCGCAUGUGUGUGCUAGGAACCCAAUCACUGUUUAGGUCGUGGCAGGCUUUAUGAGAAUUGACCAAUGACAAGAGUGGUUUCGGUCGCGUGUACACAGCAAGGGGCUAUAUAAGAAAGUUUGGCGCGCAGAAUAAAUUGUCAGCCACCUAAUCACA